CUAUCCUGAUUGUUUUCACCCUGCAGUCGAACAUCUUUUGUUCAGAAAUACUGAGCAAACGACCAGGCUUCAAACGCGGCUCUGGGUCGCGCCUUCCACAUACAAAUAGCCGACCAUUCAGUCCCUUGUGCCUUCCCUCAGUACAACUUCGUCGCUUCGAAAUUUAUCAUUGAACACUUUGUUGUUCCACUUCUCUCUUCCAACGUUCUCAUCAACUCCGACCUUAAUCCUCAUCAUCAUAUCUUGGCCAUCGUCCGAAAUCAUGAAUCCAGGAUAUCGAAGCGCCCGUUCGCUGCCUCCGCAAAACGCCUGGUGUAGCAGAUGCCCUGGUUUCCGUCCCCUCGCCGCCUUCUCGAGGAGCCGCCAGCAAAGAGUCAAUAACCUGCUCGCUAGAGGCGCCAGGUUGGGAGACAAGUCUGUAACAUCCAUCCUUUUCUGCAACAGCUGUUCUGGUGGCCCCAAGCUGGAGCUCAAGUGCACCGGCUGCGACAAGACUCGUGGCAUUAACGAGUUCUCCUCGACCCAGAGGAACGUCCCCGACACUGCCAGAUGCCGUAAAUGCCAGGCUGAGAUCGAGAACAUCAAGGCUGGUCCACUGGAGCUUGAAGAAGAUGAGUCGGACAACGAGUACAUGGCCAAGAACAUGGGAAAGAAUGACCUCAGCUCUAUCGCCUCCGCCAUGGGUGGCGUCUCCCUGGCUCCCAGCAAUGGCUUCGAAGCUCUUCCUUCUUCCACCCGCAGCUCUCACAUCCCAACCAACAUCACGACUUCCGCCAGAUCUAGCACUCGCGCUUCGACUGCCACUACUUCCAGUAGGGCCAAGCUGCCUCUUGUGGAAAUCGGUGCAAGUGGCUUCGCCAAGGUCAAGGCUGGUCACCGCAAAGUUCUGGUUCCUGUUAUGAUGGACGAUGAUGUCGAGACCUUCGAAGACGGUGAAGACUGGGCAAUGUGAGGCCGCUGUACAUGACAUUACGAAGUCCAGAACAUAUGGGUUUCUGGCCACAAUGGUGGGCUGGUCAUGAGUGGCUGAGCAGACGCAUCACGUUACAUGAUCAACGUCAACUGGCUUAUGUGCAUAAUUAAAGAUGGAGGGCAAACUACAGACAUAGAAAGAACCAAAGUAUCCUUGCAAAGACAAGUAUGCAUCAACUUUAGAUCUCGUUCAUCCUCCC